UAGUAAACAUAUAUCCAAACUAUCAACUAUGUAUGAACUAUUGGGUGACCACUUCUAUUAUUGAGUGGCACUAUGAUAGAUUAAAGGGCUAACACCACUAGGAAACUCGAACUAUUAACUUUGUGUCAUUUAUGUCCUAAAGUAUUCGAUAUGACAUAUGUGUUCUGACGUAUGAUAAUUGUGUGUCAUUUACGUCCUUAUAAUUUUGUUGACCGUUAUAGAUAACUGUUGACAAAACAGUCAACCAUAAAAUGUUGACUUUUGGUUACAUGGCACAUAUGUGGCAGCCACAUAUGCGCCACAUCAGCUGACAAUUUUAGAGUGUUUAUUUUCGUGUGAAAAUGGAUUCUAGAGUGGAGAGCACUUUAAAGGCGUAUGCCUCUGAUUCCAACAAACUCAAUCGGUUUGAUGGAACCAAUUUCACCCGCUGGCAAGAGAAGAUGAAGUUUCUGUUGACUGCUUUGAAGAUCGUGUACAUACUGGAUCCUGAUUUAGUGCCGAUAGAAGAACCACAAGACACUGACUGUGAUGAAUUGAAGGCUGAGCGCAAGAAGAGGAGUGAUGACAACCUACUAUGCCGAGGGUACAUCCUCAAUUCACUCUCUGAUCGUCUCUAUGAUCUGUAUUCCCAGUUGGCGACCCCUACUGAGAUUUGGACAUCUUUGGAGAACCAGUACAAAUCAGAGAAACAAGGCGCAAAUAAGUUUGUCACAUUCCAGUUCUUUGAAUUUAGCAUGACUGAUAAGCGUUCAAUUCUGGACCAAGUUCAUGAAUUCCUAAUCUUGGCCUCUAAGUUCACUGUAUUGAAGAUAACUCUUCCUGAUGCGUUUCUGGUGGGGGCAAUUAUUGCGAAGUUGCCUCCAUCAUGGAACAACUAUAGGAAGAAAUUACUUCAUACGUCAGAGGAGCUCACUUUGGAGCAGAUUCAAAAGCACCUUAGGAUCGAGGAGGAAACUCGUAUCCGUGACAAGGAUCUGAAUUCGGAGGCACCAUCAAGUUCCAAAGUGAAUGUUGUGGAGAGCAAGAAGGGAAAGAAGAGAAAGGCCAUGAAUAAUUCCAACAACCAGACCAACAACUAGAAGAAUAAAAAGAAAAAGCCGUCCCCUAUGUCCACUAAGAAUUGUUUCAAUUGUGGGCAAUUGGGACAUAUUGUUCGCUUCUGUUCUAAUCCAAAGAAGAACCAUAACGAAGGGGCUGCAAGUGCAAAUGUGAUUGAGAAAGUUGAGCCUAGUGAUAUUGUUGCAAUGAUUUCUGACUUACAUGUGAGUAUAAUUCAGGAAUUGCACAUGGCUGGAGUCAUGACCAGUGCUGAUUGGUGGUAUGAUUCGGGAGCAACUGCUCACAUUUGCAACAAGAGAGCCAUGUUCAAGUACUACACAAAGUCGACGAAGGGACAUGAGGUUCUGUUGGGUGAUCAUCGCACGAUCAAGGUUCUUGGAUCUGGAACCGUGGAGCUUUCUUCACUUCGGGAAAGAAAGUUGUUCUCACCAAUGUCCUUCACGUUCCUGAUGUUAGAAAGAACUUGGUUUCUGGUUUCAUGCUUUGUAAGAAGGGGAUAAAAGUUGUGAUAGAAUCUGAUAGGGUGAUGCUGACCAAGGCUGGUAUGUUUGUUGGGAAGGGCUAUGUUAGUGAUGGUAUGUUUAAGCUAAGUAUUGACAAUGGUAAUAUUAAUAAUAAAGUUGAUGGUUCUGCUUAUAUCGAUGUGCAUGCUAAUUAUAGUAUAGAAAGUACUUCAUUUGAUUUAUGGCAUAAUCGAUUGGGGCAUGUUAACUUUAAGACUCAGAAAUACAUGUCUAGAAAUUGUUUAGUAGUUUGUGGUGAUGACAGUGGAGAUAAAUGUGAAAUCUGUGU